GUCCACUUCUAUCCCUCAACUACAACCUGCUCUCAGCCUCACUAUGUCUUGCCGCAAUUCUGGCACUGGAAACUGCAGCUCGGGGUCUCCCAGGAGUUCCUACCAUGUUCCUCUCAACCCUGCCGUUGCCCUCUGCUCUCCCAACGUAAGCUGUGGGGAUGUCCUCUACUUACCUGGCGGCUGUCAAGGCAGCACCUGGUUCACCGACUACUGCCAAGGGACCUGCGAGGAACUGACCAGCUGCCAGCCAGCCACGUGUGGGCCCAGCCAUGGAGGGGCCCACUUCUCCACUGGUCACUGUGUGACCAGACCCUGCCACGGAGGCAGUUUUCUUCCUGCUUCAUCCUUGAUCUCCAGCUCGGGCAUCCCAGUGACCUACAAGCCUCUGAGCUAUGUGUCCAGCACCUGUCGUCCAUUGAGUCCCCUGGUCAACACUCUCCAGCCUGCAGGCUGUGUGUCCAGUAGCUGUCAUCCCCUACCCUACUUUGCCAGCUCUGGCCGACCCCUGAGCGUCCUGCCUUAUGGAUGUCAGCCCUCCACCUCUUUGGUCUACAGACCUCAAACGGUUCAUGUUGUGUCCAGUGGCCUCAGACCAGUGCAGCCCAUCUCCGGUGGCUGCCGACCUCUGACCCAUGGGGUCAGCCCCUGCCAUCCACCCUGUGCUGUUCAGGGGGGCCAGUAGCUUCUUUGUCCAGCGAAUACUCAAACUGAAGAUCCAGAGAAAAAGUUCAAACUGCAUGGACUCUUGCUUCUUUCCCAGUAACAACUACUUUGUUUUUGUUUUCUCUGUCUCUCUUCUCAUGAGAGAUGUUCUUUGCACAUCUAAUCUCGCUUUCAUCUUUCAAUGAUAUAAAAAUUGAUUUACAAAGCUAUUCAAUGUUGCUUGGAUACAGGAAGAAUGUAUUUGAUUCAUGCCAUAAUAAAUGAAAUUAGA